CCGGAAAGGAGAGCCGCGGCUUCCGGAAACUCCCUUGCCAGUCGGGGGUGCUCUUCAGUGGGGUGGUGGCGUUUUCCAGUCUCUGCUGGCCAUGGCUACUGCUGUCGCUAUGGAGACAGAUGAUGCUGGAAAUCGACUUCGGUUUCAGUUGGAGCUGGAAUUUGUACAGUGUUUAGCCAACCCAAAUUACCUUAAUUUUCUUGCCCAAAGAGGUUACUUCAAAGACAAGGCUUUUGUUAAUUAUCUUAAGUACUUGCUUUACUGGAAAGAACCAGACUAUGCCAAGUAUCUAAAGUACCCUCAGUGUUUGCAUAUGUUAGAACUGCUCCAAUAUGAACACUUUCGAAAGGAGCUGGUGAAUGCUCAGUGUGCAAAAUUCAUUGACGAACAGCAGAUUCUACACUGGCAGCACUACUCUCGGAAGCGAAUGCGCCUUCAGCAAGCUCUGGCAGAACAGCAACAGCAGAAUAACACAUCGGGAAAAUGAAGAGCUGGAAACAGACCAGGCUCUUAAGACAUGUAUAUAAUGUAUUUCUAUUGUAUAGUGCAGACAAAAGACUUCCUACUUUUAUUGUGGUAGUAGUCAGAACCUUUAGUGUGCUUUUCAACUGGCAAACUUUUUACUGUUAAUAGAUCAUUUCUGUUAAACCAGAA